GAAUAAUUAAUCCUAUUCCAAGGUACAACUAGCGCCAUCUAUGUCAAUAUAUUCGAACUACGUCCUACAUUAGAAACGGUCAUGUCUAUCGGCACAUAAAUGCGAGGGAGCGAGAUAUCCGGCUGUGGGAGAAAGGGAUAGAACAAAAACAAACUCUUCCCAUCGAUUGCGGAGGUCAACUCGCGCAUGUCAAGUAUGGACGGCUGAUUACUAUGAAAUCUCGACUCGAUUGAUUCACGAAUUAAAAAUAGAAAUAAAAUAUGUUUAUACUUUUUUUUAUUAGUAUUGUAAUAGUUUUAUUAAUAGCACAUACUACAUACUAAGGUUAGAAAUAAAUAGAUAAUAAUCUACGCAUAUUAUGUAGCACUCAAUUAUAUUGCUCGCCGAGCCAACUUUUUGAGCGAUUCCUAAAUCAGCUCACUGCUUACUUUUUUUUAAAUGUGUAGUUCUAAAAGCUUAUCUGAAUGUAUAUUGUAUAAUAUUACAUUGAGUUAAAUUAAAAGACGGAUCGAGAGUGAAGUCACGGGCUUCAGCUAGUAGUAUGUACACGAGUACUCAAUAAAAUAAUAUUAUGUAUUAUCUUUUCAUCUUUAUUCAAAAUCAUCCAACGGAUUCAGAAAUAUUAAAAUGUUUAAUUCCGCUUAAUCAAAGAAAAGCAGUGACCCGAGCAAAAUAAUCAGUAAAAGCGUAGAUAUUCAAAAACAAAUUCAGUACUGGCAAGUGCAUAAAUAUAUCUAUCCAAUAUCUACCCUUGAUAUAAAGGUAUUCGAAAAACUCUAUUUUUUACUCUACAAAACUGUGAUAAGGUUCAAUUUGAUUUGAGAUCCUUUGAGUAAAAAAGGUAUGUCAAGAAUUUCUCACUUUAGUGUGGGUGUUUAAUUGACGCACACAUUUCUAUCAAUAAUUGAAUUACUAUAAUAACUCGAUCCUUAUUUGAAGUUUUUUUUUUAUUAAACUUAUUCAUACUUUACAAAUGCUUGUGAGAUUACAGCGAGAUACAGAAUCUUGGUACCAACUAUUGUUGAGGCUGCGGCUGGAAUCGAUCUAACAGACAUCGGCUUUACACGAUCGUGAAAACUCCCGUACAUGUACAUCGCGUUUCGCACACUGACAAAAUUCUUACAUAAACACAUGAAUUCUACAUAGAAAUACAUUUUACGAUCUGAAAACGCACACAUGCGCGCGGGUGCACGCAAUUUUCACCCUAAAGGUUGCCCUACAUUCAGUGAUCCAGGACAUAACCUCAAAAUAUGAGUUUUUGGUUCACGAAGAUCAAGUUAAUGUAGAAGCUAGUGUUCAGUGGAUUUUUAUUGUUGAAUGAAUUAAAUGUACGUUCGUUUAUGUCUGUGUUGGUUGUGUGUGAUAAGUCUGUCAUUGUAGUGCGCUUUUCGUGUGAACCGGUCCUCAGAAUGCGUGAUCUGAUAACAUUAUUCGGCAAUUUAUGAUAGUGUGGUGACAGUGUUAAAUGACUAGGGGAGCGUAGAAGAAAUGAGUCACAUGGGCACAGACGACAGCAUGUCUGACGACGUGUUCGAAGACGAGCUCCGAGCGCCGGUGCAGCGGACCACACCCUCCCCUACUGGUUAUCGAGAUUACCGGCCUGUAGAGUCACCCGCCCGUACUCUGGUGGACGACGAUAUGCCUAUACAUAAGACAAUAUUGUUGGGGGACAGUGGAGUGGGCAAGACAUCGUUAUUGGUACAGUUUGAGACCGGCAAGUUCCAACCGGGGAAUUUCUCCGCUACCGUGGGCAUCGGAUUUACGAAUAAGGUAGUUACAGUAGACGGUAUAAAAGUGAAGCUUCAGAUAUGGGACACGGCUGGACAAGAGCGCUUCCGUAGCGUCACACAUGCUUACUACAGAGAUGCUCAUGCACUGCUCCUUCUAUACGAUGUGACGAAUAAAACAAGCUUCGACAACAUACGAGCGUGGCUCGGCGAGAUCCGGGAGUACGCGCAAGAUGAUGUAGUUAUAAUGCUUCUCGGAAACAAGUCGGACAGCGGCCUAGAGCGGGCGGUGAGGCGGGAGGAAGGGCAACGCUUGGCGAGAGAGUACCAAGUCUCGUUCAUGGAGACAUCUGCGAAAACCGGCCUGAAUGUGGAGGCGGCAUUUGCCCACGUUGCACGCGCUCUCGUCGCGAAAGCGAACCCCGCGGACCCCGCGCGGCUGGCGGUGCGCGCGCAGCCGUCACAAGAACAACGCUCUUCUUGCCCGCCAUGCUCGUAAGCGCGCCAAAUUCGAACGGAUCCGUGGACCAAUAGAAUGGACGGUCUCUGUGUCUUGUACAUAUUAUUUUGUUUGUCUUUGGAUGUUUCAGAAAUGUAUAAAGCUUGGGCUUGCACUUUGUACACUUUAUUAAAACAUUGUUUGUACAUUAUAGUAUUAUCACAGUA